CACUUGCCUUACUUUGCCUUACCAUUGUUCUACGCGUCCUUAAAAGCAAGUCGAAAUGGCUGUCGCUGUAUUCUUCCUUGACCCCCUUCUCUCUUUCUACCCCCCUCGAUUUUAUCCUGACAUUGCUAUGUCUACGAAGAACGAAUCGAAGGACUCUGCUCCCCCCUCCAUCACAGGGAGAAAAACUCCGCCGCAAAACGCGUCUCGACUUGAACAGUUACGUUCAGCUGUACAGAGUACUCCGCUCAGCAACCACUCCCAAUCCGUUGAUCCCGCAGCCAACCCGAAUUACCUUACGGCUCAUUUCGACCAAUACAUCGAAGAAGAUCUCAGGAAUCGUGUUUUCAUGCCCGCCGACUAUUUCUUCCCCAACGUAUUCCAUCUCCCGAGUGACUGGCGGACAAACGAAGAGAUAAAAUCUCGAAUUCAAGAUAUCAAAACCGAUCCUGUGUUCCAACAGAAUGUAACAGCCUACGUCGCCAUAUGUAACCAGAGAAAUCCUGGGGAAAAGACAUUCUACCAUCCCCAUGGGGUGAUGUGCAAUAGUGCCUUCGAUGUUCUAGGCGCUUCCGACGACUCCAAUCUGGGCAUUUAUCGACAAGACGCGAAGCCCGUGGCUGGGGGCGUACAAAAGACUAUCCCCGAUACCCUGGGCGUUCUUCGCGCGAUGUUCAACAGUUCGGGAAACGUAGUGGACAACAUGAUAGACACCGGGCCGGAGCAUAACUUUUCGUGGGCACAAGCAAUGCAUUGGCAAGAAUUCAAGCCCAAGGAGUACUUCCUCGACGAAGGGACAGAUGUACGCUACAGAGUUCUCACACCAGAGGGCGAGGAUCCUCAAGGAAUAGUGCGAGGGAAAACGACAGUGCACAGGGACCCUGGCGCCCUCCUGCUCCCCGUCAAGACGAGCACCUCGAGGAAGCGUCCUUCGGAAGAUAAUAAUUCUCGUGGCGGUUCCAAGUAUGCACGCUCUGCGACGGCUCCUCAAGUUUCGGAUGCCAGGAAUGGGUUAGAACAUUCGGCGGCACUGAGUUCUGUCAGAGAAGGAGUCGUGGGAGGAGAUGCAGCAACGGACCAAGAAAAUGAAACUAAAGCGCGUCGAGGUGUGCGGCUCCAGUGUGGUCGUUAUGCGCUCGAGAUGCUGUCCAGCGCUAGCUUUCGUACUCACUGCAUUGGUGCUCUUGUUACGGUGGGACGCAUUCAGCCCCUCUACUACGAUCGCUCCAUCGUCAUUGUUUGCAAACCGAUCGACAUGUUCAAAUAUGUUCGCGAGCCGGGGAAGGCUGCCAUCACUACCGAAGACGUAACGGACGAGUUCGCAGCCAUGCUUGUCGGGUUGGGUCGACUCACUCUCAAGCAACGCGGCAUUCAAGAAGCAUUUUGCACUGACAGGGAUCUCAUCAGGAAUUAUCAAGAGUACCUGAAUAGAUGUGAGGAGGAUAAGAGGGACAUCUUUAAAGAUGUAAAGCUCCGGCUCAAGCUCAAGUUGGGUAAAGAUCAUAAAGAGGUUGAGGUCACCCUUGGCCGGAUUAUCGCACGCCAACCUGGCAUCGUCGGUCGGGACACUUGCGUAGUCGAGGCGACGUCGGCGCACAAGGGGUGGACGGGCAAAGAACUGAUUGUCAAGAUCAGCUGGCCGGCCGUCGAUCGCACAUCAGAGGCGGAAUUGGUUCAGAAAGCUAGAGAUAAGGCGCGGACGAUGAAGGAAGGGGCAAAGCCAGACUGGGCCCUAGACCACCUGCCCGACAUUCUCCUUUCUCAAGACUUUGACUAUGACGCGGAUUCCACUCAAGCAAAACUCGUGGCGUUCUUCAAGGACGCCUUGCUGGUCGAAGGGAAGAAAGUCGAGUACGAAGAACGCGUCUGCCGAAUCACGGUCCAGGAGAGGCUGUAUCCUCUUGAGGACCUGAAGACGGUCAAGGAGUAUGCUCAAGUCUUUUUCGACGUUUUACAAAUUCACAAAUGGCUGUAUGACCACCCAAGGAUCAUCCACCGGGACAUUAGUCCAGGGAACAUCAUGUGGCGCCGCAAUGCCAACGGCGACCUAUGUGGGGUUCUCAACGACUUCGACCUGUCCACUCUUCGAGAUGCCACUGGCCCUUCUUCGGUUCAGCGUACCGGAACUCUGCCCUACAUGGCAUAUGAACUUCUUAUCAACGACGAGAACGGAAACCCACCGCAGCACCUCUAUCGACAUGAUAUAGAGUCCAUCUUCUAUGUCAUUCUCCUACAAUGCUGUCGUUACGACCUUGUGACUACACCGGAACACGUAAUUCUGGAGCGUAUUAAAGUCCCUUCCCGCUUCGACGAGUGGUACACCGCCAGCCGUGCGGGGUUGAAUGACAAGAAAGGGAAUUUUUUGAUGAAAGAUAUCCGACCCAUUGUGAGGAGUGGUUUUACCGACUUCAAGCCCUGGGUGAGGCGCCUGUACAAACGGUUCAGGAAUGGAUUCCGCUCUAAGCUACUACACGAUGAGUCCGGCGACGAAGAAACGGAGUCCGACAACGAGACGGCGGCCCGCGACGACGAAACGGCGGCCUUCGAAGACGAAACCCUGCAGGGUCGGGUUUCAUACGCAGCUAUCAUCAAAACUUGUCGCAAGUUCGCUGGUUCGUCCCUCAUAGUACACAAUGACCAGCUCAAGGAGGCUCCGUAGUACUGAAGUAGUCGUUUUUGGCUGUAACGAUUUGUGUCUGUAACCUUGUGUUCGUUUUUUUGCUAUCAUAUAUCUUGAACUUUGCGAAACUGGGAAGUGAUGGAUGGUACCUCAAUACUGAAGUUUAAAAACUUGGCUUCGUUCACCCAAGAGAUGCUGACUGCAAGUUAAAUUAGUACGUCGAUGACUUACCCCACUCUCCAUCCUUGUGGACCAUUGCACGGCAUCGACACGAUGUGGAAUCUAUUUUCUAUGCCAUGUCCCUGCUACGUUGUCGUUACCAGCUC